AUGUCGUCUUCUGCUUUGGCUUGUUUUGCCGGCGCCACCACAGCCCGGCGGAUACUACUCCGUCCACGCUGGCCGACCAUCCUUCCCGGGACACCAAGUGUAGCAGCUCCAUGUCGGAGCUCCUCGGCCUGCGCAACAAGAUCUAUAAUCAUUACCUCCCAGCAAUGCGAUCUCCUGCCUCGGCCACGCCAACGCCAAUGUGAACAGCAGGCAAUCUUCUUCACGCCCAACCGCAGCUAUCACUCCCACGACCACCCCCCUCCUCCAGGCCCAUUUACCCACGCGGAACAAAACCUCCUUUCUGCUGCCUACGUUCACGUCCCAUCCCACGGCUUCAGCCAGGAAGCGCUGGCGCUCGGGGCGCGCGACACAGGACUUCUGGACAUCAGUCCAUCCAUCCUACCCGAUGGGGUGUUCAGUCUGAUCCGCUGGCACUUAUACACCCAACGGACGUUACUAGCGGCGAAAGCUAAAGAUGCGGUAGACCAAACAGCGGCGGUAACUGUAGGAGACAAGGUCGAAGCCCUUGCGUGGUUGAGGCUGAGGGGAAAUGAAGCUGUCGUUGGGCGGUGGCAGGAGGCGCUCGCGAUAAUGGCUCAACCCUCCUACGUGCCGGCUUCUCUGAAAGAAUUGGCUAGCUUGGCAGACGAGAUUCUGUACCUCGCCGGAGACGUAUCCGUGGAUCCGUCGUGGUAUACCAAGCGGGCGUCGCUGUCGGCUAUCUACGCUGCCGCCGAGCUCUUCCAGACGACGGACCAGUCGCCCAAGUUUCGCGAGACGCGCGCCUUCCUGAGACGGCGGCUCGACGAGGCGGCUCAGGCCGGGGGGGCGUUGCGCUCCGUUGGAGAGUGGGUCGGGUUCAAUGCCAGUGCCGCAGUGAACGUGUUGCGGAGUAAGGGGGUAAGGAUCUAA